AUGGCAUCGGCACAGUUCUUCAACUAUCCCGGUACCGAAUCCAAUGCGGAGCAAUAUCAUUACUCUCAAGCUGUGAAGCUGGGCAACAUUGUCCGCACAUCCGGUCAAGGCGGGUGGGAUGAAAACGGCGCCAUCACUCCAGACCUUGAGAAGCAGAUCGCCAUUGCUUUCGACAACGUUCUCAAGGCCCUUAAGGCCGCCGACCCUCGGCUGACCUUCAACGACAUCCAUGCAAUCCGCUCGUAUCAUCUCGACAUGGAUUCGAGUUUCGAUGUUAUGACGGCGCUUUUCAAGAAGCUCUUCCCCAAUCACCGACCUAUUUGGACUUGUAUCCAAAUUGGCAAGCUUGGGCUAGAGGGCAUGCAGGUGGAGAUCGAGGUUGAGGCUCUCAUUCCUUCUUGA